GUCGGUAAGUAGUAAAGCCAAUUGCGAUGCCGAGAUACGCACAACUUGUUAUUGGUCCUGCAGGUAGCGGUAAGGUAGGCUAUAUCUUUUGCCUUUUUGCCUUCGGGAUUGGUGACGCUUUUAUUUUUAUUUAUUUUUAAAAAAUUAGACUUACACUUACUUUGUCACGACAUACAUUGUAAGUUUAGGCUAUCUGAUAGAUUUUAGUUUAAGUCUUAGUAAUUAGUAAGCUACUUCUUUUAUCCUAAUCCUACGCCUACUUCAAUCUUAGUUAACUUUUAAUAAUAACGUAGGGACGUAGGCAGUAGAGUCAGUAUAAGUAUAGUCAAUAAUUUAUAAGUUUAAAGUUAGACUAUACCAGGGGCAGGGGUGGGCAAACUUUUUGUGGGGAGGGCUACAUUGACAAAUGUAAAGCUAUUGGGGUGCAGCAUGUAUAAUUUGUAUAUUAUGUCCAAUUUUUAAAUGUUGAUAAACAUUUCUCUAGCCUAUAUUAAAUUCGGUAAAUUCGUAUUUUAGCAUUACAAGACAAAAGUCAAGGACUGUUUGAAAAAUUGAAAAUUACAAAGAAAGUUGAUCAAAAAUGUUGAAACAAUCAUAACGAUACAUGAAAUUCUGUAAGAUUCAACAAAAUAACUUAAAAACAAAGUAAUUUUAAAAAUUUCUAAAUGCCUUUGAUUGCCGGGCCGCAUGCGGGCCGUAGUUUGCCCACCUGGACUCUACUAUACUCUCUUAUUAACCUUCCAUCGGGCGCGCUUGAUCAGAUUGAUACAAGUCAAUGGUUUUUGUUUUGCACACAUCAAUGAGAGAUGACAGCGAGCUCUACUUAUCAGUAGCUUAAUGUUUUCCUUUCCUUUAUAGGCCAAGACCGUUAAGUGUGUAGAAAAUGCUUUCAGGGUGUAGAUUUUGACUGUUUUGUUCAAAUUGAUACACAGCGCUUUUGAACUUUACUUUUUUGAAGUUUGACAAUUCUAUUAUUUCUUUGCUUUUGGAAGUACUUUUUUCAUAUUAGUUUAUUUACUGAUAAUUGAUAAAUUAUCUUAUUAUUAAAUAGUAAAAAUCAUUUUGAUCCAUUGCACCAAAACAAGAUAUUUAUACUGACCCUUACAUAUUUCUGGUUACUUCUGCUGUCUAACAUGGUGGUUGGAAGGAAAAUGUUUGUAUAUAAGAAUCUCAAGGUUAUAGAGGAAAUCCAAAAAAAUAAUUAUUGGGGAUGAAUUUUAUAUUGUACCAAAUGUUUGUUGAAUUACUUAAAAUAUAUAUUAUUUGACAAAAUUCUUAUAAAAUAAACUAACUUAAGCAGUCACUCAUUAGCGAUAUCAAAUUGAUACACUGCCUUGUCUCGUUGCGAAAAGAGCACGCUCACCCGAAGGUUAAUUUUAAUAAUAUUAAUUAAUAACAUCAAAAUACAUUUCAUACAUAACUGUUAACAUUUUACGCUUUAUGCUAUGAACGAAAUGUAAUAUGUAACACUUUCACUAACGCUACUAUAUGACACUAAUUUCACUAAGAUUUUUUAAAAUACAGCAAUUUCGUGUUUCUUUUGUUUUACGGAAACAGUGGCCAGUGGUGUAAUAAAUCUGUGGUGUAAAAGGGGAUGAGACAUUAAAAUAAUUAAAAUAGUUUGGUGGUUGCACUAAUUGAUUGGUAGUCUUAUAAAGUUGGUUAAGCUCUACUUUAAUCUUGAAUUACCAUAUGCAUUUUUCGUCAAGUAAGGAGAUGGGAAGUUCAUGCAUUGUGGAUGCCAUUGUUUGGCGGGCUAUAAACUAUAGCUAUUUAUAAAUAAGAUGAUCAAUAACCUACUUAGUUUGCUUUAAAUUAAUACCUUUUUAAUUAAGGAGAACUCUGUAGCAUCUUCUUCUGAUUGACUAAUUGGAUAAUCAUUAAAAUAAAUGUAAACUCAAGUGUACGUUCUACAGUACAAAUUAAUCUUAAGUUGCAUAAAAAUUAACUUAGUACUUAUAGACAUGUGCCUUCAGUGUAAAUCCACUAUAAUGUGCCCUACUAAAUAUAACUAACCCCAUGAAUUAUGACAUAACGCUUUCAUGGCAUAUCGCAAGAAAUUUCUUACCCUUCUAGAUUACAUACUAUAUAAUAUAAUUAAUCAUUUCCUAAUCACAUUAUUAAUCUUUUUUUUAAAAGUACUUGAAAAGGAGUAUUAAAAAAUUAAUAUUUUUGUACAGCACAAUUCCUAAUUUCCUAAAGCUAGUCCAACUUUUACUUCUAUACCACAUAGUUCACUAAUAUACAAAAGAAAAAAAAAAGUACCUCUUUUCCAACUUUUAAAGAAUCCCACAACUAUUUGUAUGGAAUAUUUAUAUAACAUUUUCUAUAAAGAAAUCGUGGAUAUUUACAUGACCCAAGGUUAUGGGCCCCUGUUAUUGCCUUAUAGUGGACUGCCACUGUCUUUAAAUUUGUUUUUUCUUUUUUUUUCGCUUAGUCCACUUAUUGCAGUAAAGUAGCAAAGCACUGUGAUGUCAUUAAAAGGUCAGUUCAGGUUGUCAAUCUUGACCCAGCUGCAGAAUAUUUUGAUUACCCAGUUUUAUCAGGUGUGUAUGAUUAUGAUAUACAGUCCCAAUUUCUUUAAUAAUUAAUGUUUCAACCUAUUAUGCUACCAUUUAUUUUUUGAUGUGUAAACUUCAUUACAGGUAUGACAUUUAACAUUUUGUAGCAACUCUUGUCAUAAGUAGACCAAAAAUCAAUUUCUCUGGUUCCACAUCUACUUACUACCCACCACUUUUUAUUUUCCUUAUAUUAACCAUUUCAUCAAAUUGCAUCUAUGUAGAAAAUUUUUCGUAUUAGUAGGUUACAUAUAUAUUUUAUUGAUUAUCUUAAAACUAUUGUUGUCAGGUGUCUUAUCAAUAAAAUGUCAGGAAACAAUUUAUACUUAGUUAGACAGGACCUUUACAAAAAAAAAAAAAAUCUUUUAUUAAUAUUUUUACUCUAAAAACAAAUUACUUUGAUUCACACAGUGACAAGAUACAUUAGUGUCUAGCAACUCAAGUAACUGGUCUCACAAAAUAUAAGUGUUGAUUAACUGGACACAUAAAAUAUGGAAUAUAGUAAUAGUGUUAAGUAACUGGACACAUAAGAUGUAAUGUUGACUAACAGGACACACAAUUUAGUGUUCUUUGCCAGACACUCGAGAGACAGUGUUAAGUAGCUCAAAAUUGAUGCAGGGUGUUCAUGAAGUCUUUUGUUAAAUUCUAAUUUACAUUCUUAUGAUUCCUUAAAAGAUUUUUUUAAAAUUUAAAACUGCUACUCCCUAGAUAUACGGGACUUGAUACACAUUGAUGAUGCAAUGGAGGAUGCUAGCUUAAAUUUUGGACCUAACGGAGGAUUAAUUUUUUGCAUGGAGUAAGUCAUUGUUUACCAUAGCAUGGAGGCCCACAAGCCUCAAAAUCAAAUAUAGAAAUUAUUAGAAAGAGCAAUGUUUUUAACACUUUUAAGUAUUUCACAAAAUCAUAUUUUUUGUUUCUCUUAGUCCCACCAAUCAUUUUCAGCUAACUGUGGGUCAGUUAACGUCUCAGUUUAUCUACAAAAAACCCAAUAUAUUUUUUAUUGCAUUGUCUGAAUAAAAAAAAAGAGAAAACCUUCUUCCUUCUUUCGUUAGUUGCAUGCACUUAUGAAAGUCAUGUAUAAUAUAAAAAUAUUAUUUUUAUAACGUUUCAGAUUUUUUGCCAGUAACUUUGACUGGCUUCAUGAACAGCUUGAUGAACAGGAAGAUGACUAUAUUUUAUUUGAUUGUCCAGGUAAGAAACCAGUAAAGUAUUUUUAGUUAAAGGUUAAAGGGAAAAAUAUUUCUUAAGAGAUUGUGUGGUGAGAUACUAAUGAGAUGAAGACUUAAGCUAAUAUGUUUGACAUUAGCUUACUCAUUAUAAUAAAAAAAUAUAAUUCAUUCAUUAUAAAAUCUUUUGGCUGAAACAAAUACCGGUAUAUGUAAUUAAUAUAUGAUUAUUAUGACAGAAGCUAUGUUAUGAAAAUAAUUUAUUACAGUCAUGUUUUAUAAGUAAUUGUUUAAAGCUAAUUAAAACACUUAAAUUUUUACAGGACAGAUCGAGUUAUACACACAUAUACCCGUAAUGAAACAACUUGUAGCACAGCUGGAGGCCUGGGAUUUUCGAGUCUGUGCUGUGUUCCUGUUAGAUGCCCAAUUUUUAGUGGACGCUGCCAAAUUUGUAAGUGGGUCUCUUACAGCUCUAUCAACUAUGGUCAACCUUGAAGUACCCCACAUGAAUGUUCUCACCAAAAUGGAUCUUCUGAGCAAGUCUGCUAAGAAAGAUCUGGAGAGGUUUGUAAGAAAACAGCUGUUAUGUCUUGUCCUGGAAUAAAAUACGGGGGCUUGGACUAAGGGGCUAGGCAGAAAGUGGUUGGUUGUAAAAGUUUUACCAAACUUACUAAAAGUGGGUUGAUCUGAGGAGUAAAGGAAAGAAAGGUGUCAACAAAUUAAUUUUUUAUAUAUUCUUUAACUUUUGUAAAUCUGAGAACUUUUUUCUGGUUGGUUAAUUAAGAAAAUCAAAGAGUCUUUGUUGUUUUAAAAUACAAAUUAAAGCCUCUACAAUCUUGUGUUCCAGGUAUUUUGAGCCUGCUCUGAGCAACUUGCUGAUGGAGGAGUUUGAUGAGCAGGAUUUUGGUAGCAAGUUCUUCUCUCUUAACAAAGCAAUGGCUAACUUGGUGGGUGUCAUAAUUGCUGUUAAUUUGACCAUGGAGGUAGUGAUAGAACAGAAUUCUUUAUAAUUAGUCUGUGUGAUGAUGUCAAAGCAACAGAAUUCUGUGUAAUUAACCAGGAUUAGGAUGUUACAACAAAGAGCUAUUUCAAUGCUUGCCUUAAUUAUGAUUUACAACUAUAUCAUUAUUGGUUUCCUUGUGAAGUUUAUAUUUCUAGAUGAUUAUACUCAGUGGAAAGAUACCAACAGACAUGUUUUUUUUUUAUGUCAGGUCCUGAAUUAUUCGAUAACUGAUAACUUAAGUUAAUUAAAAAUAAUAAUAAUAAUUAAAAUUAACAUUGAACUCUGACCUUAAAAAUCCUCAAAUUCUUUUUUUCUCUAAGCAGUUAUAAAAAUUCUGUUUUCAAUGAUGUAUAAUAUCGUUAACAAAUGAUUAUACUUAAAGAUUUGGAAAGUGUUUAAUUAUGAAUGCAUUGCAAUCUUUUCUAAACCAUCUCAUUAUCCUCUUUUAUUGACUAAACUAAAUUUGAACAUUUGACAGCUGGAUGAUUUCAGUCUUGUACAUUUUGUGCCUUUGGACUACUCAGACGAGGAGAGCAUCAAUAAUUUAUUAUUCCAAAUAGAUUCAACAAUACAGUAUGGUGAAGACUUAGAACCCAGAGAGUUAAAGGUGGGUACUAUCUCCUUAAUCUUUACCAGAAAACUGAAUGUUGAAUUGUUUGUUCACAACAACACAUGACUGGCUUCUCUUUGGGUGUGAAAUGAAUGUUCUGAAUGCAGUUAUUUGAUCCCUGUCGUCUUUAAUUCCCCAUAUAUCCACUGCUCACAGGCUGGCCCGGCGCCGCAUAUCGAAAUUUUAAAUUGCACAUUUCAUUUAUUUUACCUCCUAACUGAAAGGGUAUAUCACACAUUAUCAAAAUAAAAAAAAACUUCUGUGUGAUUUUGAAAACAGUUCAAUGCGAAAUAAUGGACGAAUCAUGGAUGUACAGCUUUAAAAUUUUGUCAUGGUUAUUAUUGAGCAGACACUUAAUCCUUCAAAAUGGGUAACUUUUUAUGGUGAUUAAACAACUUUAAAAAAAAAAAAUGAAAGUGUGUUAUGAUUUUUAAACAUGUUUAUCAGAUUCUGGUUCAUCAUGCUAGCACAUAAUUAAAAUAAAAUUAGCACUUUUAAAUUGAAGGGAAAUAACCAAUGCAAUAUUGUUGGUGCUUGUAUUUAAAUAGUUACAGAAACAUAAAAGAAGGUGUCAGCCACAUUCAUUUCACACAAAGAAAAAGUAUUUUUUAAAUGUUUAGAAUGAUACAUUUUUAAAAAUUAACCCAUUCAUUUAGUUACCCAAAAAAUAUUAAUUUAGCACAAUUUAAUUUUUUUUUAAAAUCAUAUAACUUAUCAAUUGGUUAACCAAUGCUUUAUUCUGCAUAUUAAUGUAUAUGAUAGUUGAUUUGUUAUAGUUGAGAUCUGAAUAUCACUGGUGACAAUGUUCAGUUAAUACAUAGAUUCUUUGCAUUAUUUUCUCCCUCUCUUUCCCCAACCCUGCAGGAACCACUGGAUCCAAGCGAGGCUGAGGAUCAUGAUGACAGUAGCUAUAAUUUUUAAACUUGCAAGAAAAUAAAUCUGAUAAAAAAUCA